AUCAAGAACGCAAGGAACUCAUCGGAGGGCACAUCAACUUGGUGACCAAACUAAGUUCCACUGCUUAUUAUUAUGAUGUUGUAGAUAUUGUUUAUGGAUUACAUACACUAAUGAUAUGUCGUUUAAUAACCUACUGAGGUUGGAAAGCUUUCUUGGUGGUUAAACGGACUCAAAUAAGUAAAUAUCGUCACAAAGGAACUACACUGUUUUGGCUGGCUAGCUAACUCGCACGAGCAAGGCAGCAAUUAAAGAUUUAUCACCGGUUAACUUCAGCUAACGACAUAUUUCCAAGCUGUAGAUAUAGCCUUUUAGCUUGCACUUUAGUCGUUAAAGACUUUACUUAUUUACCUAGUAAAUGGGGGAAAAAAGUGAAGUAGCUUAAAACUGAGAAGGAAGAGGUAGCCACUGCUGUAGCUAGAGUGAAACCUCCCACUAGAAGUUCUAGAAAUUAGGAAUCAAAGACUUAAAAGUUUAAAGAACUUGCCAACUAGCUAGGUACUGUAAACCUUGAUUUACCUUCGUCUUGGGAAGAUGUCUUGCCGUAGCGGAGUCGGACUGACCCGGGGAGCCACUUCUGGUCCACAGCCCCUGAGAGCAACAGUUCCCUUUCAACUGCACAAACCACAGACCAGCUUGAGAAAUGGCAAGUCAGAGAAGACCAAAGCACGACAGGUGACCCCUGGGAUGCGACGGACAAUGUCUCUGGAUGCCAUUGUGGGUCCCUACCUACAGGGCCACUGGCCCAAAGAGCCAGAAGUCCAGGCAAGCCUCUGCAGGAAGGACCAAUCCACCCAGACCCCUGACUCGUGGUCAGACAAGGCUGAGAGAAGGAGAGGCCGCGGGGUGCACAAACGCUCAGCGUCAUGGGGCAGUGCAGAGCACCUACGAGAGAUGGCCAAACUGAAACAUCAGCUGCAGCAUCAGUGUCUGAAAUCUGGGGUCUCAGGGGGCCACGAAAGGGUCUGCCACCACAACUACCUCUUGGAGAACUACUCCCCCGUCAUCACACAGACCCAGCCUGUGACUAAUUCACUCAUGCCACUGUACAAGUUGACCCCACCUCUGCACCGAAGUGUGGAGGGCCUCAAUCAGGAGCUGGAGGGCAUGUUUGUGUGCCAGCUGCCCCACCACCAGCGCAGAAUUCUGGAGGUUCCAGAUGGCCACAGGGCUCCAGUUCCACUACAGAGUUGCAUCAGUGGUUCCCAGAGCGAACCUUCCGCCAUGCCUCCCUCCUCUACGCCGUCACCCUCCACAUCCCCUGAUUCUGGAGAAGAUCUACCUUUGAAUCUUGACCCAGCUGUGACAGACGGUAUGGAGCGGUGUCUCCUGUCUCUGACUUCCUCCCAGGGUGGUUGGGAGGCUCCCCCCUUGCUGAUCUCCUCUUCUCCCCGGCCCAACAAGAGCUACUGCUUCCAGAGGGAGCCCCCGGAGGGCUGUGAGAAGAUUCGAGUGUGUGAGGAGGCCAGCAUUCCACGCCAAGCCAAGUCCUCACUCUCCUCCUGCCCCGACCCGAACAAGGUGAACUUCACUCCACACGGCGGUUCUGCCUUCUGCCCUGUCAGCCUGCUCAAGCCCCUGCUUCCAUCGAUGGACCUGCUCUUCCGCAGCCUUGCAGUGUCUCCAGCCAAUGGCUGCUUUGGCCAAGGCACAGCCCACCACCAAUCCCCCUCGCCUGGUUUCCUUGGCCCUCAACCUGAUUCUUCCACCACUGCCAUGUAAAAAAAUAAAAAUAAAAAGGGUUUCCUAUAAGAGGAGAUUGUCAAGGAAGUGGUAUGCUUUGAAAAAUGCAUUCGUAUGUAUCAUGAGGAUAUCUUGGGUACCCUGCCCCUCCAGCCUCAUCAGUUGUUACAAGAAAAGAAAAGUCUGAAGAGGUUUCAUAGAUGGCCUUUUACCAACCAUGGUCCAGUUAUGUAAGCGAUUGCAAACUGGUUACUAUUGACCAAAAGUGGAAGGGAAUUCUUUUUUUUUCUUUUUUUACAGUUUUCAUGACUACUUCCUGGUUUCCCACCCUAAAAGAGUGGUCCAUUUCAGUUUAGAUUUAUUUUUUCAACAUGGUGUCUUUGCUCUGACUGACUUUUACUACAUACUUGUUUUGAAGAACCACAACACCAGCUGUCCUUAGGCCUUAAACAAUGUUUACCUACCACGGUUGCUGCCUGUCUGAAAAAUCUCUACUGAGGCAAGCCUACUUUUAUAGAAAGGACAAUUUUAUUUUGGGUUCAAUGAGUUUUGAAUAGCAACAUAAUUUGGCUUUGUGUUAGUUGGUACGUAGUGCAGUGUCAUUGGAUUGUCAAUCACUAUAGUAGUUUUUGCAGCAAUUGCUGACCUUGCAGUGGAGACUAACCUCCACUAUCUUAUGAUGCUUAAAAGACAAUGUAUUCUUUUCAGCAUUUGGCACAAUGAAGGUGUUCUAAGGCUGUUAUUUGAGCAAAUUACUAAUCGUCUUUUAAUCUCAGGAUGUGGAAUUACUUUGAUUCUUAUGGUUUUUCUAGGUCAGUGCUUCACCGCUCGUGUUCAGCACAUUGAACUUUCAUUUUGGAUUUUAAGAGCCUGUGUUGGUCCCUUUUUAAAGGUUAAUUUCAUGUGUUCUCUGUCUUGGAAUGAAAGUUGUCUUCAGAUCUUUGAUUUUCUGUUCCAAAUAGAAAAAGGCUGCUGUCAAAAAAAUUAUUUAAGUUACAAAAAAUAGAGGCAAACAACAUUUUCGGCGAUUGGGUGGCUUUUAGUAUUUAAAUAUAUUUAUAAAGACUUUUCAAUUAAAUGUAUUUUUAACAUUAACUUCCAUGACACACAGAGGAUCUUUCUUUUGUAGCCCCUCUUACAAUCUUAUUUUCUGAUACAAAGCUUGACAAAUCAGUUUGCCACAUUUCUGUUAAAUGGAAUAUAGUAUUUUACAAAUUACCCUUUUCUUGCAUGCUUUAAAUUAUUUUUCUGAAAGCCUUGUUUGUGUAGGUAAAAAGAUUGGUCAGUAAGACCAGACAAUGUACCGUUUAGCUCUACUUUUCCUUAUGACUUAUUCCUAUAUUUAAUGAAAUGUUUGUAAUAUUUUGGUGCCAUGUUUACUGCCUUUUUCUACAGUUUGUACAUAUGAUAAUCAGAGCGUAACUAUUGUAGGUUUGUGUUAAUAUGUUCAUAGUUCUGUGAUAAAUCUCAACGCUGACUACCUAAGCAGGCAUAGUGUAUAGUAUCUUGUUGGUAGCAACAUGUUAAUAUUCUUGGAUUUGUUUCUUCAACCAAGCUUGAAUAUUUUUAUUUCAUUAAGAAUGUUUGCACAAAGUUGAUCGCUAUGUUUCUAUUAGCAAAUUCUAUUUUUCUAUGUUUUUGUUUGUAACAGUAUUUUUUGUGAAUGAAUGUAUUUUGGUACUUCAGUUAUCUGCAACAUAAGCUAAAGAAAAAAAAAAGUAUGUUUAGAUUGACUUCCCUUACCCAUCUGUCUGUGUUAAUGUUCGGGACUGAUGAGCAAAAUCUAUGGGGGAUUCUAAUGCACUUGAAGCAGUAGGCUUUUAGCGGUAGCAGUAUUUUGUUUUUUGUAUAGUUGCCAUUGAAUGUCUACACACCCCUUGCACAGUCACCUUUUGUCUGCCUUACCAUUUAAAUAAAGGUGUAUUGUUUCUAAACAACCUAUUGUAAAGACAAAUUAAGGUGUUUUGUCACCAAUAGUUAGUACUUGGUGGAAGCACCAUUCAAAGUAAUUAAACCUGUAAAUAAUGCUGUAUACAAGUUUAUACCACCUUGUCAGCAAUCAAUAUUUGAAGCUAUGUAUGCUUGGCUGGGAGGCAUUGAUUGACUGCAGUAUUUAAACCUUGUCUGAUUUGGGUCUGGACCAUUUAGGAAAUACUUGUAUUUGAGCAUUGUUUUCAGAGGACUACUAUAGGAUUUACUCAACUUUUUACCUGGACUUUGAUCCUUCUAUAAUUCCAUUCAUCCAUAUAUACUUUCCCUGGUGGGAUCAAGUGUAUCCAUAGCAUGAUGCUAACACCUUAAAUAAUGAUUUGGCCUGAAUCGAGAACUGUUGGUUCUAUACAUGAACAAUAAAGUGGAUGUCAGGAUAAAAAUAAGUGACUGGGGCAAGGCCUAGGAAAAAGGUACAUACAUAUCAUAUGAUUUAAUGUUAAGGCAAAAGAUGCAUCGGAAGGGCAUUGUGAGGGAAAGGCAUCAAAAUGUAAAGACAGUAAGGGGUGUGUAUACUUUCAAAAUGCACUGAAACUACACAGAAUUGAUUGAUAUGGUUGUUAUUGAAGGUGUUUCCCUUAUAUUGCGCCUUGCAUUUUUUCUAUAUGAAUGCACAUGCAUUUCCAUAUAGGUCAUGCUAUUCAAUUGAAACUCAAUUCUUUCCCAGGGAAGCUAGAAUUUGGCAAACAAGGCCAGUGGUAAUAUGAAUCUGAGGGGAAAUUAAGGGGAGCUGUCAGCUCAGGUUCUUCUAUGUAAUUUUUUUUGUCUGCAUAAAUAUAUAU